AAGAAGAAGAAGAAGAAGAAGAAGAAGAAGAAGAAGAAGAAGAAAAUGAAGAAGAUGGAGGAGGGGGAGGAGGAUGGGGGUGUGGAGACGGAGAAGAAUAUUACGUUAUUAACGUCUCUUCAAUGACACAGGUUUUAAGCUUACUUUCUCGUCUUCUCCCACCCCAGGAAUUCAGCCCAGUUUCCACGCCCCUGACUGUUCAAGGUCUAUGAUCUUCACGAGGAACAUACAAAUAAACCCAAGUUGCUUCAUUAGUCCCACCAGAAAGGAAAAGUAGAACAGGAAAAGAAGAUCUAAAAGCGUUGGAUGUUACUUCUCUGCACCAGGAGUUUAAUGGAUGAUCUGGUUCUACCUAAUUACUAUUGCAGGCGCUGCAUCGAUUUGUUGUGUCUAACGCACUCUUACUUUACAUCAUAGUCAGUUAUUGGUUUUAUUGGCUGGAACGGUUAGAAAAACCUACCAAAGAAGCUGUUACAAGCGAAGGUCAUUGCUGCACUUUAAGUCCUAGGUGUUGACAGUACUUUCUCACACUCCCGCAUAUUCCUCUGGUUUCGCCGACUCUUUGUGUUGCUGAGCGAGCGGGGAAAGUUAUGGAUCGAAACGCGCGCUCAAAACGCCGGUGAACCAAUAGAUUGCUGCUGUCCGCCCUGUGCGUGCGAGUGAGUACCAGUUUUUUUCUUCAGUUUCGCCUUUUCUUCAGUGGAUCAUGUUCAUAUCUUGAGUUUCUCCGAAGACGCCUUCUUUUCGCCUCGUGAGCAAAGAAGAACGCUUGCGCGUGUGAUACGUGACGUGACUGAGCACUUAUGGAUCAUGAAGGGUUCUAGCCUUGAGCUAGGAGAGAGUGGAAAGAUAAGAUUGUUCACAGGACAAAAGUCCGGAUCUGUGGUUGACGGGACAAGUCGCGACCACGUGUCAAGGCCAACAGCUGACCCAGAAAGUCUAGGCGAGAACAUGUCUGAAAGCCUCAUUAUGUCUGAGGUUCUCAGGGCGUAUUGCUUGUCCGAUGGAGAAGACUUUACAGGUACAGAGACCAGGGGAGAUAGCAUGACUUCCUUCGGUUGGCAAAACAGUAAAACACCGACUGGAGUUAUGGAAAUUUCAGGAAUUGGACCUACAAGCACGUCAAACUCUGGUGGUGGUGCUGAGCCCAAGCUGUGUCAAAGACAAGCAGAUGCUGGUAUUCUGCACGGUAGUCCCCACAGUAGUGUUGGAAAGACCUUUGACGUGUCGCCAGUCAUAGGAGAUUUUUCCAAAGAGGUUGAUGAUUUUAUCGCGGCUGUAUCCUCGUCCGCGCCACUCCCUGCAAUCUCUGACGCCAACUUUCCUUUUGAUGUGUUGGCGGCCUCGGACAACUUUGUUUCGUUCUCUGGCCAGGAGGUUUUUCCCAGUUGCCAGCAGCAACAGCAACAUCAUCACCACCACCAUCAUCACCAUCAUCAGUCUAUGAACUACCGUGGAAACACUGGCCAGACACAACAACACUUGCAACAACAACAACAUCAACAACAGCAACAGCAACAACAACAGCAGCAGCAGCAGCAGCAGCAGCAUAGCCAUGGACUCCAACAGCGACGAUACAAAGAACAGCAACAACAAUACCUUCCUCUUCAUCAACACAAUCAUCAGCAGCAGCUCCAAAAACAAACACAACAACAUCCCCAUUCUCUUCAUUAUCAGCGGCGGCAACAACGACCGCAACAACAACAACAACAACAACAACAACAACAACAACAACAACAACAACAACAACAGCAACAGGAAUCGAAUGUACGUCCUGAAAACCAACAGAAGAAGCGAAAAUACCACCCGCAGCUUCUCCAAAUCUUCUCUGUAGACGACCAACACCAGCAAAGUGAUAGUUCGAGAAAUUGCAGGAAAAGCUGUCAACACCUGUCUCAAGUAGCGCGUAAGCUUAUGUCCUGGCAACAUCCGUCAUCUCUUGGUGCAGCCUUGCAAAACGUUGCUCACGACGUUCUGAAAUUCGGAGACGUGAAUGACGUCGCAACCAGCACAACUGUCGUGGGGGGAAGAGGUCAGGAUACUCCGAUCUGCACUGAGACGUCAUCGCGUCCGGUGACGUUGUCAUACCCAGUGACGUCAUCGCACGGUCUGCCGUCGCCGCCAGAGAUCAUAACAGUGCCUGUUGGCAUAUCAACAGAACAUAGAGGGCUCUCGAGUCUCUUCAAUAGGUCACAGGUCGGAAAUGAUCAAAGUGAGGAAUCCCAGAACGGAUUGGACAACGGUAAAGAAAUAGUUGCCCACAACAGCUGUUCGAAUCCCAGCCCUGGCUCGUUCCUUUCCUCGACAUUUGUGCAGCAACCGCCACGAACCCGCGGAGUCAGCGGUCGGGCAGAGGGUUGGCGAGGAGCUGGGUGUGUCCCCAUGAUGCACUCAGACGUCUGUGAGAGGGGACAAAAUCGAGACCAGGAUGAGUCCGGCUCUGAGAACAGCCAGAACAACAUGGCGUCCUGCCAGGCUGAGAACCACCCGACAGGCGAGCCUCGUCCGUCAGUGGCUCAGGAAUUCCUGGUCAGCUCAAUGAAGCAGCAGAGAAACUGCUCUUCAGUUUCUUUUUCCCCCACGUCGUCCAUUUCCUCCUCCUCCUCCCCCACUCCCUCCUCCUCUGUUGUCAAUCCCUCCUUCAAUUCUUCAUGUCUUUCUUUCUACUCCUCUUUAUCUCCUCAGUCAGAAAUGAGCAAUACAACUGGAGUUAUUUCCGAUGAAGGCAGUUACAAGAUCAGCAGAGGAGAACACGUUUCCUCCCCUGACAUCGAAUCCAUCAAAGGCAUCGAUUCUCCUGAAUACACGACACUGCGACCUGUGGCACGAAUACACUCCACAAACUUUCACACAGAGAACGCCCUCAAUGCAGGAUGCGAAAACCCAAACGUCAAGGUCCUGGAGAAAGUUCUGGGUGUGCCUCCUAGCGGGGAGACCGAGACGACCGUGAGCGGUGAGUCUGACAUCCAAGGUUGGCACAUCUCGUUAGACAGUUUCUCCCACCUACAGACAAACGCAACAGAUAAUGACAUUUGUACAGAGUCGUACAAACACAAAAUGGUGCCACAAAAGCGAAGUUUUUCUUCACAAGAGGCUGUGACAGGAGGUGAUGAAAAGACGAAUGUGAGGAAAAAGAGGAAAGCCACAUCGCCGAUGACGAAGGUUUGCGCUGAUAAACGCCAAAAAAAAUAUUCUGGAACUGGCGGAAAGCAGAUAGACCAGGCCGUCAAACAGGCGUCUAAAUAUUGUAUAAAGGGUUUUGAAGACCAUUCCCCGAUCAGCUAUGUUGAGUCCUCUUACCCACUGACUCAUGGCCCUCAACGUGUGGUGAAAAAAACAAACUCUCAGGCAAAAGAGCACAAACUUCCUCCUUGCAGAAUCUGCGGGGAUAAAGCUUCCGGUGUCCAUUUUGGCGUGAAUUCCUGUGAAGCUUGCAACGAAUUCUUCCGCCGAACUCUCAAGUUCAACAAAAACUACGCAUGUGCAAGGCAGAAAGACUGUGACGUCAGUGGUUCUAGGCGGAAUGUAUGUACAUACUGUCGUCAUCAAAGAUGUAUCAGAGCCGGUAUGUCAAGGAACAGAAUCAAGACUGGUCGGUAUUCUCACAAGAAAAAGACCAUGGACGCUUUAGAGAUUAUUCAGAUUCAGGAAGCGAAUGGAUUCUCCGGCGAUGAUUUGUUUCUAGAGAAACUGAUUCAGAAGGUCAGAGGUGUGUUCUGCAAAUACAAGCAUCUGGAAGUGGAUUUUGAAGAAGACGAACUUGCGAGAAAACAGUUGGAGUUUCAUAAGUACUACAGUGAUCGAAAGAAACGCAAGCCACACACAAAGGGCAUCGACCUCAACAAACAAGUAAUUCAGCCUCCCUUAAAAUGUGUCUCAGAGACCCCAGACAACUUGGGCAAUGCGUGUAGCUUUCAAACCGUUGUAGACUCUCAGUACAGCGAUAAUGGCGAACAAGAUGAAGACUCGGUCAGAAAUAAGCCGGCUAUUUCCAAAGUUUGCAUGAAAAGUUGGGAGUCGUGGACCAUUGAGUUCAUUCACUUGCUGAAAGAGAUCCCUGGUUUUCACAAGCUCAAUUUGCGGGACCAGAUGUCCUUGAUAAAGACCUGCAUACCGCAGUGGUACAUCCUCAACGACUACAAAGGUUUUGACAGCUCCCUGCGAGUGACCACCAAAGUGAGUGGUCAGACGUACCAUUUUGACGAGUGGGCAGAGCUGUUCAGUCCCGACUACGCCGAGAAGGUGUUCCUGCUCACAGACAGGCUCAAGAGGAUGAGGCCUUCCGACACUGUCGUUAUGCUCCUCAAGAUCAUCGUGAUCACCAGUGCGGACCUCGCCACCCUAGAGGACAGAAGAAGUGUGGAAGACCUCAAUGACGUAUACGUGCGCUGUCUGCUACAUGAACUCCGGAAGGCGCCAAACGACUCUCGCCUGUCAGUCCCGAACGCUUGCUCACGGAACGCCGACAACCCAAAAUGGCGGAAGAUGUUCACAGACAUAGUGUCGGUGUUGGUGGAGCUACGCACGGUAGUGUGCAACUACAGGCGGGACAUGUUCCUCAGCCAAACAUCUAUGGGCGGUAUGAUGAAGACGUCUAGUAAAGUGUUGUGCGAGGUACACUCGCCCGUCGCAUGUGCUCCCUCAGAGAAGGAGAAAGCGGAGAUUCCAAAGGAGUAGCAUAGAAUGCGCGCUGAAUUCAGGCUACUUGCAACUAAUUAUUUCUGCAGAUUCGUUGGUCGCAACAUUAACUUAGUUGGCAUCAUGCUGGACUAUGGAGCGGAUGUCCCUGGUUUGAAACCUCAGCGGAACGUCUUGAACUUAGGUUGUUUUGGGGGAGUUUUUUAUCGUUUGGUUUUAUUUUUUAGGGCUCACUACCCAUUUGGCUCGGUCAUAUCAGUGAUAAAAGUUACAUUCGGAGGUCCCACCUCUUAUAUAACUCUAAAGAGUUGAGAGGGGUUUUAAACCUAUACACUAACCAGUGAUAGAUUCGUCGACUGAAAAUGGAAGCGAUUAUGUGUCCAUUUUGGCAAAAAUAAUAAUGGUAGCACUACUGAGGCUUUCAAAUUACUUUUUGUCGUGCCUGUAAAUAUCAAAUCAAUUUAUCUGCCGGUGAUUUGCGGGUGCUUUGGUGUAGUUUGCUCCUUCUUUCCUAUCAUACA